CACCCACCUCAGACUUCCUCCUUCACUUGGUUGGACGCUACACCACAUCCCACUGGGCCUUGGACUGUGGGGUCCAGCAGUGUCUCCUGCGUCAUGGGGGAACGUGGACCCCCUAGCAGGCUCCUGCUCCUGCCUUUCCUUCUGACUGUGGGUGGUCUCAACCUUGUCCAGGCCCAGAGCGAAUGCAACUGCUCUGUGGUGAGCCCUGGUGUGCUGGCAGGGAUUGUGCUGGGAGACCUGGUGCUGACCCUUCUCAUCGCCCUGGCAGUGUACUCCCUGGGCCGGCUGUUCCCUCGGGGGCGAGGGGCUGUGGAGGCAGUGACCCGGAAACAGCACGUAACUGAGACAGAGUCGCCUUAUCAGGAACUCCAAGGUCAGAGGUCAGAUGUCUACAGUGACCUCAACACACAGAGGCAGUAUUAUAAAUGAGCCCAACCCAUGGCAGUCAACAACCUGAUGCCUGGAUCCUAUGACUCCUGAUGCCUACCCACCACCCUACUCCUACUCUCACCAAGAUGCAGAUCCACAGAGUGCUCUCCCUGAGAUAUCAGACCUCCCUCCACCAUUGCCCCCAAAUAAACACGGAGCACAAAAA